AUGACCUCUCCGAUCAGAGUUGCCGUUACCCAGGCAGAGCCUGUGUAUCUUGACCUAGCGGCUUCGGUCAAGAAGGCUUGCGGACUCAUCGCUGAAGCCGCGCAGAAUGGGGCUAAGCUUGUCGCCUUCUCCGAGUGCUGGCUUCCGGGGUAUCCUGCGUGGAUUUGGGCCCGACCGGUCGAUUUCGAGCUUCAGACUCGAUACAUUUACAACUCUCUACCAAUAGAGUCUGAGGCAAUGGAGUUGGUCAAAGCUACUGCCAAGGAAAACUCAAUUGCGGUCGCCCUCGGCUUCUCCGAGCAGAGCCCGUCCCACAGCAUCUACAUCUCUCAAGCCAUUAUAUCUCCCCAGGGAGAAGUAGUGAUGCACCGACGAAAGAUCAAGCCUACGCACAUGGAACGCACGCUUUUCGGUGACGGAUCAGGAGCGGACCUGAACAAUGUGGUCGAGGUCGACUUUGGGGCUGAGCACGGUAAGAUCAAGGUUGGAUGCUUCGCCUGCUGGGAGCACACACAGCCACUCUUGAAAUAUCACAGCAUCUCACAGGGCGAGGCAAUCCACAUUUCCAUGUGGCCCCCGAUCGAUCCGUCAGCCGGCGUCGACCAUCCAGGCCUGUGGAGUAUGACUGCAGAUGGGUGCCAGAACCUGUCGCAGACGUACGCCAUUGAGAGCACCACCUAUGUGCUUCACAGCACUUCGGUGUGCACUCAGAAGGGCAUUGAGACGUUGAAGACUCAGGAUGGUCUCUCUUGUCGUCAACCUGGUGGAGGUCAUAGCUGUGUUAUUGGGCCUGAUGGUCGACGUCUGACUGCGCCACUUGGCGAUGGGAGUCCUGAUGAAGAAGGGAUUGUAUAUGCUGAUCUUGACCUCACAAAGGUCGUAGCAACUCGAGGCUUUUUGGAUAUUGUCGGACACUACAGCAGGCCAGAUUUGUUGUGGUUGGGUGUUGACAGAGAACAAAAAGAAAACAUCAUUGCAAAGCAGCACAAAGCCGCCGAGCAGGAAGUUGUACAAGGAUAG